AUGGAACAUCAAUAUGCAUCUCACGAGAAUGAAGGUGGGUUGAAAAAUACAAUAAGGAAUUCUAUUCUGAUUCUUGUAUUUGAGAUGAUUGGUACACUAUUCUUAACCCUACUCUAUGAUUGCCAUAGCAAAGUAUCAGGAUCUCAUUAUAAUCCAUGCGUGACAUUUGCAUUCAUGUUUAGAAAAGAUACUGGAAAGUUUUCAAGAACCCUUGGAAUUGCAUACAUUUUAUUCUAGCUACUAGGAGCCUUUUUGGGAGGGUUAUUAGCAUUUUUCUUCAAUGAAUACAAGUAAAUCACUUUUGGUAUUGCGACAGAGUACGUUGGGUAUGCUAUUGCUGCUGAGAUACUGGGCUCUUUCUUUUUGGCAUUCCUCUAUUUAACCCAAACUGAGGAGAAGACCAAGCUGUCUAAAGACCCAGCAAUCACUACUUUGAUUAUUGCAGCUGCCUAUCUAGGUGCUUUACUGAUGGCCUCAGGUCCUUAGGACUAUCUCGCUUGCCUGAAUCCAGCUGUUGCUUUUGGCACAUCCUUCUAGUAACUUUACACAGGAAGUGCUGAUGGAUGGAGUGUGUCUUAUGUUUACCUACCCAGUCCCUUCAUAGGUGGGCUAAUAGCAGUUAUAUUCUUCGAGUUUGUGUAUAAAAAAGUAUUCGAAACCAUUCAAAGCACUGAAGAAGAUGAUGCUUUGCUUGACAAAAAUGAUGACGAAUGA